AUGACAGACGAGAAAGACCUUGGCAAAGCUGAUCAAGUGGUAGAGUAUUCCACUUCAGCGCCAACAGAGCUUCCUCCCUCAUACGAUAUCACUCUAUCCCAAUCUGAGUCUCAACAACAAAAUCAAUCACAAGCCACAGAAGACUUUCCGACUCUUGUUAUUGAUGGCACAAAGAUCUAUUCCCUAUACGCGCCCAAUCGAAUACUCUAUCAACUUAGCAAUGCACCGUAUGACGCUACUCGGAAAAUCUAUGCCAUUGAGAAACUACGAUACCGCAUGACGAAUGGCGACUCUGAACAAAAGCUAAAACAUACUGUUGAUCAUAUCUACGACUUCAGGCACGGCAUAUCGAUAGAAUCAUACAAACAAAUCACCAUCCUGGGACAGACAAGCCGGAAGCGUACUUAUCCUAACAUGAUCAUGCACCGAUGCCUUAAUGGCUGCCACACGCGUGAUGAGACUGGUAAUAUUCAAGAGCUUCUAAGGCUUGCUAUCAAGGCCAGGAUUGAAGAGAAGGUGUAUGAUCUGUUGGUCACUUCUUGGUGUGCACAUGUCUGGAAGGAUGCCCAGAAGGAUUUGAAAGAGCCGAUGAGUUGGGAUAAAUUCAAACGGAUUGCGUCGACCAUGCCAAAUAAAACAGCAGCUUUUUAA